CCACCAUCCUCACCCUCCCUGGUUAAUGAUCAAUCAGAUUAAUGUCUCUUUGCUUGUUCUGAUUGGCAUCCGCUGCAUCAGGCCAGAUAAAACAGGUGACACCACUGAUUCUAGUCAUGGGGCGGGGUGGCUGAUGUCUUCGCCUGUUCCUACCCCUUGGCUCUCACACCUGGGACUGAAAGACAGAGAGACAGACAGGCAGACAGAGAAAGAGAGAGAGAAGGACUAACACAUAGAGGCCUCUCUCACUAUCUCACCCCUUCACAGGACAAAUGUUCUAAAUUAUUUUCUAUUUAGCCUUUUGUUAUUUAUUCAAGUGAUCUAAUUGAGAUUAAAAAGGGGAGACCUGCCAUAGUACGACGGCAACUAAACCGACACUCCGUCCUAUUGUACCUGGGCUUCCAGGCUCUUUCUUAGCUGUGAGGUGCUGUGGAAUAACAGCAUGGGCAGACCCACUAUGAGCCGUGCCACUGCCAUGCUCACACUCCUGGCUUGUCUGGUUGUCUCAGAGGCCCGUCAUGAGCCAGGAUACUGUGCCUUCUACGAUGAGUGUGGUAAAAACCCAACAGUGGAGGGAUCCCUCAUACCCCCCAUAAUCCCCUGCCUCAACUACAGCCGUGCUCGAACCCUCGAGGGGGAGCACUACCGACAACUCAAAAAGGUGUGCCCCAUGCUGGACCGUGGAGAGGGCAGCACCACCGCCUGCUGCUCUAUAAAGCAGCUCAAGUCCCUGGAGACGAGCCUGAUGCUGUCCAAGGCAGUGCUCAUCCGCUGCCCCUCCUGUGCUGAUAACUUUGCCCACCUCCACUGCAUCAACACCUGCAGCCCUGACCAGUCCACAACCGUUAACGUGACACGCACCAUUGACGUGAACGUCACCAGCUUGGGGAUAGUCAAAGAGGCUGUGGUGGGUUACCAGGCCUACUUGUCCACCUCGUUUGCCGACAAAUCCUUUGAUUCCUGCAAGAACGUGAGGAUUCCCGCCACGGGGGGGUAUGCCAUCGCUACCAUGUGUGGACGAUACGGCUCAGCACUGUGUACGGCUCAGCGCUGGUAUGACUUCCAGGGAGACUCCAGUAAUGGCCUGGCCCCACUGGACAUCGACUUCAGGCUGAUUCCAGAAGGGGUCACCGAGGGGAUACCCGACGGGGUAGUGCCUUACGCUGGAAGGGCGCUGGGGUGUAACGAGAUGACCCCAACAGGGGCAGAGGUUUGCUCCUGCCAGGACUGCCAGGCCUCGUGCCCGGUCAUGCCCUCUCCCCAACCCCCCGCAGGACCCUUCACCAUCGGGGGGAUGGACGGCUACCUGGUGCUGUGUGUGAUCGUCCUCUGUGUUCUCAUUCUAGCUUUCCUGCUUUUUGUGCUCUCCACCUACCUCCUGAGGAAGGAGGAGGGCAAGGACUCUGAGAAAGGGAAAGGAAAGGGGAAAGGGAUGGAUAAGAAUGGGAACAACGUGACUGAGAGGCUGAUUGAACCGUGGGAGGUGACGUGUACAGACAAGAACAGCCUGGCUACUCAAGAGUUCCUGGGCUCUGCGUUCCAGGCAUGGGGCACCCUCAUCGCCUCACACCCCCUCAAGGUGCUGCUAGCGUCGGCUGUGGUCAUAGCGGCCUUCGCCACGGGACUCAUGCACAUCGAACUGACCACCGACCCGGUCCAGUUGUGGUCCGCCCCAAACAGCCGAGCCCGUAUGGAGAAGGACUUCCACGACAAGUACUUCGACCCAUUCUUUAGAACCAACCAGCUGAUCCUGACAGCGCCGGGCCGACCUGGUCACUUCUACGACUCGUUGCUGUUCGGAAAGCAGAACUUCAGUGGAAUCAUUGCCAAAGAUCUGAUCCUGGAACUUCUGGAGCUGCAGAAAAAGAUUCAGAACAUUGAGUUCUGGUCGAAUGAUCUGAACCGUACCGCAAGUCUGAAGGAUGUGUGCUUCGCGCCUCUCAACCCCUCCAACCCCUCCCUGACCGACUGUGCUGUCAACAGCCUGCCCCAGUACUUUCAGAACAGUGUGGACAACCUCAACGCUAAAGUCAACAUGACGGAGCUGGGAGUGACCAAGGAGGUGGACUGGAGAGACCACUUUAUCUACUGCGUCAACUCUCCCCUGUCGUUCAAAGACAUCACUGACCUGCAGUUGAGCUGCAUGGCUGAUUAUGGAGCACCAGUCUUCCCCUUCCUCGCAGUGGGAGGAUAUGAGAAUGAGGGCUACACUACAGCAGAAGCGCUCAUCCUGACAUUCUCCCUCAAUAACUACCCACGAGACAACGUUAAGUUCAAGGUGGCCCUGGAGUGGGAGCAGAGGUUCCUGGACAUUGUCCAAGAGUACCAGAAGAGUCCAGGCAACCCAUUCACCUUUGCAUACAUGGCUGAGAGGUCUCUGGAGGAUGAGAUCAACAGGACGACAGCGGAGGACAUCCCCAUCUUCAUGAUCAGCUAUGCUGUCAUCUUUGUGUACAUCGCUGUGGCUCUGGGGGAGUACACCUCCUUCAGUCGAAUACUGGUGGACUCGAAGUUCCUAGUGGGUCUGGGUGGUAUCCUGGUGGUGGGCUGCUCUGUCCUGGCCUCCAUGGGUUUCUACGCCUGGAUCGGUAUCCCCUCUUCUCUGGUCGUCCUCCAGGUGGUUCCCUUCCUGGUGCUGGCCGUAGGAGCUGACAACAUCUUUAUCUUCGUCCUGGAGUACCAGAGGGACGCACGGAGGCCAGACGAGAAGAAGGAGGAGCAGAUCGGACGUGUCCUUGGAAAUGUAGCUCCCAGCAUGCUCUUGUGCUCUCUCUCCGAGUCUGUCUGCUUCUUCCUGGGCGCUCUGAGCACCAUGCCUGCUGUCAAGUCCUUUGCUCUGUACGCUGCCCUGGCUGUACUCAUGGACUUUGUGCUGCAGAUGACGGCCUUCGUGGCAUUGCUGUCCCUGGACGCCAGACGGCAGGAUGGGAACCGCUGCGAGCUAGCCUGCUGCGUCACCGUCAAGACCCCGGCCCCGUCCAAACCCAACGAGGGUUUCCUUCUGCCCGUCAUGAGGAAAUACUAUGCCCCCGUCCUCCUCCACCCCGUCACCAGGGUCAUAGUGAUGGUUGUGUUCAUCUUUAUGUUCAUCUCCUCCAUCUACCUGAUGUUCUAUGUGACAGUAGGCCUGGAUCAGGAGCUGGCUAUGCCCCAGGGUUCCUACAUGUUGGAGUAUUUCAAGUACCUGUAUGCAUACUUUGAGGUGGGCGUCCCAACCUAUUUUGUCACGACAAAGGGCUUUGACUUCACCAAGAUAAUGGGUAUGAAUGCAACCUGCUCCAGUGUGGGCUGUGACCCCUUCUCUCUCACUCAGAAGAUCCAGUACGCCACUGAAUACCCCGACCUAUCUUACAUGGCUAUCCCAGCAAACUCGUGGAUGGACGACUUCAUUGACUGGCUAAACCCUGGAUCCAAGUGUUGCCGGCUCUAUACAGCCGGUCCUAACAGAGGGAAAUUCUGUCCUGCGAGCGAACCGACCUUAAUGUGUCUACAGAAGUGUAUGAAAAUUCCCGAAAACGGAGUAUUGAGGCCCAGCAUGGAGCAAUUCAACCGCUUCCUACCAGACUUCCUAGGCAAUAAGCCCGACCUGCAGUGCCCUAAGGGAGGUCUAGGAGCCUAUGACAAGGCUGUGAUCAGAGAUGAGAGUGGAGAAAUUAUAGCCACCAGGUUCAUGGCGUACCACACAGCCCUGACCACCUCCAAGGAGUUCACUGCAGCGCUAAAGAUAGCCAGAGAGCUGGCCCACAACAUCACCCUCAGCAUGAGAGCCAUACCUGGCACAUCACCAGACUUUGAGGUCUUCCCCUACACGGUGACCUAUGUGUUCUAUGAGCAGUACCUGACCAUCGUGUCUGAGGGACUGUUUAACAUCUCCCUGUGCCUACUACCAACCUUCGUGGUGUGCUGUCUGUUGCUGGGCAUGGACCUGCGCUCCGGCGCUCUCAACCUCCUCACCAUCAUCAUGAUCACCGUGGAUACCGUGGGCGUCAUGACACUGUGGGGCAUCGACUACAACGCCGUGGCUCUUAUCAACCUGGUCACGGCGGUUGGUAUCUCUGUGGAGUUUGUAUCUCACAUGACACGUUCCUUUGCCAUGAGCAUCCAGCCUACACAUGUAGAGAGAGCCAAGGAGGCUACUGCUACUAUGGGCAGUGCGGUGUUUGCUGGCGUUGCCAUGACGAACCUGCCUGGAAUAGUGGUGUUGGCAUUUGCCAAAGCCCAGCUCAUCCAGAUCUUCUUCUUCCGUUUAAACCUGGUUAUCACUCUGCUGGGCAUGGCCCACGGUCUUAUAUUCCUACCCGUGCUGCUCAGCUACUUUGGUCCUGGAGUGAAUAAAGCAGUGUUGCUACGGAUACAGCAGGCCAAGGCCCAGGAGCUGGAGCUGAGUAGCAACGCCAUGCACAUCUAUGACAACAUCAGCUACGAAGACCAGGAGAAGAGCCCCAACCUAGACACCACCCCCAUCACCCCGUACGAACCCCACACCUAUGAGGAGCUAGAAAAGGUUGCGGUAGAAGACACAAUAUCCCCCCCAGAGACAAUCUCUGAGGAACAGCUGGAGAAAAUGGCGAGAGUGGACCAUUUCUGAACACCACCACCUAACCAACAAACAAACUGAGUUUAGUCUGUUUCCAGUUCAUCUACAUAUACCUCCGUAACCAUAGGAACCACAAGAGCCGAAGCAAUGACAAUAUAUGUGGCAAAGAAGGGUCUAAUAGAGAUUCUAUAUAUUGAGUCAUAUGUGCAGAUCUUUAUCUAUGGCACUAGUCGCAAUGUCCUCUUAUUGUUAUUUUUUGUAAUUAUUUUUACAAUGACGGCCUACCCCGGCCAAACCCGGAUGACGCUGGGCCAAUUGUGCGCCGCCCUAUGGGACUCCCAAUCACAGCUGGAUUGUGAUACAGGAAAGGCAGGACUGAAGGCCGCAACAGACACAACUGUGUAAUAUCUACUACCAGAUUAACUAUGUGGAGUGGAGAUACAUAACCACGUACUGAACUGAGGGACCUAUUGGUCGUUCAACAGAUGGAAGAGACACGUUGCUUAUAAUGGUAUAUAAUGUAGAUAUGUAGCCUCUCAUCUCCAUAUUCUGUAUGUGACAGUUUCUGCCUUAGUUGACAGGAGGAACCGACGGGAUGAUUUCUGUAUUGCAAAUUAGGCAGGCACAAAGUGGUUCCUAGGGAGAAAUUACAAACGUUUAUGCUAACAAAUUCGUUUUUUUUAUACUAUUAGAAUUGUUUCAUGUGUGAGUUAAAUGUAUGUUUAUUUAAUUUAAAUAUUUUGUACCUAUAAAUUAAAUCAGCUACAAAUUAGUUUAAUUUACAAAAUCUGUUCACCAAGUAUUCCCACAAAUAAAAAAAGAGAUAUGUGAUCAUGUCUCAAUGUAAUCAAGGCAUGAAAUUAUUGUUAUUUUCAAAUACAAUCUAUUUUUGGUUGUGGUCAAUUUGCAGUGUACAAAUUAUUAUAAUUAUGUUACGGUCCCCCUACCAUCCACUCCGACAAAAUUCGGCCAGCAGCCUACCCCUAAAGUAUAGUAAGAGAAAACACUCCGGAUGUUGAUAGUAGAUAGUCUUGAAAAUUAUUUUCUGUAUUGUUUCGAUCUAAUAUUAAACAUGUCUGUAAAGUA